UUGUUCGUGGAGGUGGAGCCAUUUUGAACGGAGCCAACUACUACUCGUGUGUCAGUCCAGCACCUAGGGAAUGGUAGCCCGGUGUGUUUUUUUAACAUAUCAAGAAAAUAAAUAGGUGCGCGAGAAGUUGGCGUCGUUUUCCUGUUAAAGAUCAAGCUCAGUUUCGUAGACAUGAAAACUCUAGUACUGUUCCUGCCGAAUAGUUGCUUUUUAAAUGGCUCCAGCAGCUUCAGGCGUGUGAUUGUUUGGAGCACUGGCUAUUGAUAAACUCGCUGUAAGUUAUCCAACAGUUAGCUAAUAGCUUAGCACAGUCACAGCCGGAGGCCCGGUGGGUCCCCUGUUUAGCUCGCUUGUAGGGGCUAAGCACCUCUAAAUGUUUGCGAAGGAAACGCAACUGAAGGAAACCGACCUGUCACGCGUCGCCGUCACUAAAGGAAUAUGUAUGAUCCCUGGCUGACUUUUGCACUCGUUUGGGGAACUUUCUGCGUAGGGCUCAGUCAGGGGGAGGUGGAGACUCGGGAGUGUGUGUUCUACAAUGAUAACUGGCGGACGGAGCGGACCAAUCAGAGCGGCCUGGAGCGCUGCGAGGGCGAGAAGGACAAGCGGCUGCACUGCUACGCCUCCUGGCUCAACUCUUCCGGAACCAUCCGCCUCGUCAAGAAGGGCUGCUGGCUCGACGACUUCAACUGCUACGACAGGCAGGAAUGCGUAGCUACGGAGGAGAACCCCCAGGUGUUCUUCUGCUGCUGUGAGGGGAACUACUGCAAUGAGAAGUUCACCCACCUGCCCGAGGCCCUCGCACCCGCAGUGAAGAUCCGGCCUCCCCCUCCGUCUCCCUCGGUGCUCAGUGUGCUGGUGUACUCCCUGCUGCCCCUCUGUCUGCUGUGCCUGCUGCUGCUGGUGGGGGGGUGGCUCUACCGCCAGCGCAAGCCCCCCUACGGACACGUGGACCUCGGCGAGGACCCUGGUCUCCCAUCUACCUCUCCACUGGAGGGCCUGAAGCCGCUGCAGUUGCUGGAGAUCAAAGCCAGGGGGCGCUUCGGCUGCGUGUGGAAGGCCCAGCUCAUGAGCGAACAUGUGGCCGUCAAAAUCUUCCCCAUUCAGGAUAAGCAGUCAUGGCAGAACGAGCGGGACAUCUUCCUGACCCCCGGCAUGCGACACGAGAAUCUGCUUCACUUCAUCGCUGCGGAGAAGCGCGGAACCAACCUGCAGAUGGAGCUCUGGCUCAUCACCGAGUUUCACGAGAGGGGUUCUCUGACGGACUACCUGAAGGGGAAUGUGGUGAGCUGGCCAGAGCUGUGUUUGAUGAGUGGGAGCAUGUGCCGAGGCCUGGCCUACCUACACGAGGAUCUGCCCUACAGACCAGAGGAUCCCAAGCCAGCUAUAGCACACAGGGACUUCAAGAGCCGGAAUGUGCUCCUGAAGACUGACCUCACUGCAGUGAUCGCAGACUUUGGGCUUGCUGUUCGCUUUGAACCUGGGAUACCACCUGGAGACACACACGGACAGGUGGGUACCAGGCGCUAUAUGGCCCCUGAGGUGCUGGAGGGGGCCAUUAACUUCCAGAGGGACGCCUUCCUGCGCAUCGACAUGUACGCCCUGGGCCUGGUGCUCUGGGAGGUCAUCUCACGCUGCACUGCAGUCGACGGCCCUGUGGAGGAGUAUGCCCCGCCGUUUGAGGAGCAGUUGGGGCAGCACCCGUCUCUGGAGGACCUGCAGGACGUGGUGGUGCACAAGAAGAUGAGGCCCCUCUUCAGGGACUGCUGGCUCAAACACCAGGGACUGGCCCAGCUGUGUGAGACGAUAGAGGAGUGCUGGGACCAUGACGCCGAGGCCCGUCUCUCGGCCGGCUGCGUGGAGGAGCGCAUCGCCCAGGUUUCCCGGGCGACCAGCAACAACACCACCACCUCUGACUACCUGGUCUCCGUGGUAACCUCCGUGGCCAACCUGGACAUUCCGCUCAAAGGGUCCAGCACCUGAGGAGAAGAGACCCUCACGUGACCUUUGAAGACGCAGAGAAAGAGACAGAGCGAGCUCGAGAUCUCAGUGAAAACGAAACCCUUCUUUAUUUUUGAAAGAAAAAUGGCUGCUAUUUUACCUCAUGUUUUGUUUUUCAGGAUUCGUAUUUUGUUUUCUGUGUGCUGGAUGCAACUCAGGUGACCAGCUCACAAAACCAGAGAGAGUGAGAGAGAGAGAGACACACACACACACACACACACACACACACACACACACACACACACACACACACACAUUACCUCAUGUUUCUCUCUGCGUCACCAUCCACUGACUGUGAUGAGGAUGUGCUGAGAGAUUCAAACACAAUACCUCAUCUUACUUUUAGCAUCUGUCCAUCUUUGGAUGACCAUCGUUUGACUUUUACCUCAGAAGAAUUACCUCACGUCUCUUUAUUUUUCCUCUCUCUCUCUCUCUCUCUCUCUCUCUUUCGGGGUAACCAUCUUGUGAUGUUGGUGCGCGCACGAGAGAGAGGGGGAGAUGACGUUACCUCAUGCCUCUUGUCAUCUUUUUCUGACUGACCACAAAGGGUACGAGGGAGACUCGAACACAUUACCUCACGGUUCCAUGACACUCACUCUCUCUCUCUCUCUUCUCUCUCUCUCUCUCUCUCUCUUCAGUCAGGCGCUCUCUGUGGUAUUGUCUACUGUUGUUGAUUGUUUGGACGCUUACACCUCCACUCCUGCCUCCCGUCUCCACUGACGCUCCAAAUAUUACCAUGGCGAUUCUGUGGCAUUCCGGAGGAUUGGAGAAGACUGUUACUCAUAAUGACUUGUGAUGACACACCCCCUCCCCUCCCCUCCAACCUCUCUUUCUCUCUUGGCCAUUCAGUUUUUUUGUUUUCUUUUAUCAGGGAUGAUUUUAGAAACAUUCAGGUCUUUCUUUUUAGUUUUUUUUUUUUAAAUGGCUCUCCUACUCAGACUCCUCCCCUUCUGUCCUCACCACAGGCCGACUCCAAUUAGCCUCGUUAGGGGGGUGUUAAUUGCCUAACGAGGGGUUUGAGGAAGCGUGUGUGCCAUGAGUGACUGGUUUGACUGAAGCCUCUUUAUAGCACACUGGUGAAGGCCUGGCUUUUGUCCCCCCGAACUCUGUAUUUGGAUUGGGUGGAGGGGGCAGGUGGUUGAGUAGACGGGCCCAAUCAGGCACACGAUGGGGAGGGGACGGGGUGGGGCUUAGUGGUCAGGGUCUAAAUAUCUCAGGUCUCCUUCAGAUAUUCUGUGCACACACAGAGCUGUGUGUGUGUGUGUGUGUGUGUGUGUGUGGUGUGUUGCGUUUCCAGAACUACUGGCCUGACUACUACUAUCAGCAAUAGAGCAUUAAUCUAGCCCAUAUGUACGCACACACACACACACAUAUACUGAGACAUGGCUUUAUAGCCACACAUCUGCACACACACACACACACAUACACACACAGCAGCCAUUCUGUGUUUGAAAUGCAAUAUUAUGCCAGAAGCAGGGAUCGUCACAGUGCUGCUGCUGCUGAACAUAUCCUCACGUCCUCAUCAAUUCUUGACGUGUUCUCAAUGAGCAGGCAGCUUUUUAACACAAACCGUACCUCGGCACAUUUGAAAUCAACUAUCAGUUUUGUACUUUUUCCUUUGUGUGUGUGAGAGGAUUUUAUCACUUAAGGCCGCGGUUUGUUAGGCCUACGGGACAGAUCAGUGACUCAUUUUAUCAGUGUGUGUUGGGCCGUGUGCUCCCGGUUGGUGCUGGGCCAGAGCUGGGCCAGAGCUGGGCCAGAGCUGGGCCGAGUCCGGAGCCCGCGGCUAACGGCACCUCUUCUCUCAGGGCGGCCACCAGCGGCCGAGGACUCCUGUGUCGGACGCGCUCUCAUCUCAUGGAGUUUUAAAAAAAGGGACAGGGACUCCUGCAAGAGUCACGUUCUUCUCUUUUGACUUGUUGUUGUUGUUUUUGUUAUUGUUGUUGUUGUUUUUGUUAUGGUUUAAGUCGUGCAUUGUUUCUCGCUGGACUUUAUACAUCAUCAUUCCUUGCUACGUUGGAUUCUUUUCGGAUAGGUACACAUUUCAGUGUCAACGCUUAUUUAAAAUAACACUUGUCUCCUACCUCAUCUAACAUUCAGUAAUAAGAGGGAACCACAGGGGUUAGCAUAAGCCAUGGAGCAGUUAGCAUAGGCCAUGAAGGAGUUAGCAUAGGCCAUGGAGGAGU